GUGACGUCACGCUGCAUUUCAUAGCUCUGCCCAGCCUCAAUGGCGAUUGCUACAGAUCCGCAGAGCUCGGCAGCGGAGCUCGGUCAAACCGCGGCUGGGUUUGAUUAAACACACACCGAGUCUAAUGCUACGAAUACGGACUGGUAUACCCAAGUAAAAUGGAGGAUAGUUUUGAUUGCGACUGUGGCGAGCUUGAGCCACCUGAUCAUUGAGAGUUAAUCAUUACUUUGAAGACUUAAAGGCCAGACUCAUUUCAGUUUUAUAGAUCAGGUGACUUGACUUGCAUUUGAAUUACAGACGGAUACAUAAUAAUUAACAAAAAAAUAACAAAAUACAUGAAGCUGCUCAGGACCAGUCAAACACUGAAUGUAUCGGCACUGUAAGGAUGCAACAACAUGCUUUUAUAGUUUACUAUAAUCUCAAUUCUUUUUAAUUGGCCUUAAAGACCAUUCCAUAGCAAUCUAUAAUCAUUUGCUUAUAUCAAGAUAUCUAAACAUCCAGCAUUGGAGGAGAAAUUAAAUUAACAAUUUUCUCCCCUUACUCAAGAUGGAACCAAAGUUUAACCACACAUCGGUUCCCCAAAUCUGCCAGUGACAGAUAGACAGGGGGACUCUGUAGUCAUCGAUACAGGGGUCAGUUAGCUACGGCAGUGGAGGGAUUGUCUGAUAAAAUCCUCUGUUGGUGUUCCAUUUGGACUUGAAAAAGGCCAAAGACCGCACAUUCAGAGAAAGCAGAAGCUUGGUGUAAAAGCUGAAAACAGCCAUGGCAGAAAAGUUUGAGUCGCUGAUGAAUAUCCACGGCUUUGACCUGGGUUCUCGCUACAUGGACUUGAAGCCUCUGGGCUACGGAGCGAACGGCCUGGUGUUCUCAGCAGUUGACACAGACUGUGACAAGCGUGUAGCUGUGAAGAAAAUUAUCUUGACGGAUCCCCAGAGUGUGAAGCAUGCCCUGCGAGAGAUCAAGAUUAUUAGACGCCUUGACCACGACAACAUUGUCAAGGUGUUUGAGACAUUGGGCCCCAACGGUCGCAGGUUAACAGAGGAUGUGGUGUCCCUGACAGAGGUCAACUCUGUCUACAUUGUGCAGGAGUACAUGGACACAGACCUGUGUCAGCUGCUCGAGAGGGGCCUUCUGUCUGAAGAUCAUGCCCGGCUCUUCAUGUACCAGCUCCUCAGGGGCCUUAAGUACAUCCACUCUGCCAAUGUGCUGCACCGUGACCUCAAGCCUGCCAACCUGUUUGUCAACACGGAGGACCUGGUACUGAAAAUCGGGGACUUUGGGCUGGCCCGCAUCAUGGACCCGCACUAUUCUCAUAAGGGUCAUCUCUCUGAAGGUCUCGUCACCAAGUGGUACAGGUCUCCUCGCCUGCUGCUGUCUCCUAACAACUACACCAAAGCCAUCGACAUGUGGGCCGCUGGCUGCAUCUUUGCGGAGAUGCUCACAGGGAAAACCCUCUUUGCAGGAGCCCACGAAUUGGAGCAGAUGCAGCUGAUCCUGGAGUCCAUCCCCGUACUGCGUGAGGAAGACCGACAGGAGCUCCACAGCGUCAUCCCCGUCUUCAUCCGCAAUGACAUGUCCAAGCCUCACACACCACUGGCCAGGCUGCUGCCUGACGUCAGUCCCCAGGCCCUGGAUUUCCUGGAGAAGAUCCUGACCUUUAACCCCAUGGAUCGUCUCACUGCGGAGGAGGCCCUGGCCCACCCCUAUAUGGCUGACUACUCCUUCCCCCUCGACGAACCUGUCUCUCUGCACCCGUUUCACAUUGAGGACGAAGUAGAUGAUAUCCUGCUCAUGGACCAGAGCCACAGCCACACCUGGGACAGGUAUCAUGAAAGCCAGCUGUCGGAGGCAGACUGGCACUUGCACAGCACCCACGACCCAGAUGAAGGUCAGGUUGACCCGAGGGCUCUCUCUGAUGUUACAGACGAGGAGGAGGUUCAGGUGGAUCCUCGUAAAUAUGCUGAUGGAGAUCGGGAGAAGUUCUUGGAUGAGCCGUCCUUCGACUACUCCACUCUGUUCCAGCCAGAGCGAUCCUGGCAGGAAGACCACCACGAGAACAAAUACUGUGACUUGCAGUGUAGCCACACCUGUAACUACAAGGCUGUGUCGCCCUCUUACCUGGACAACCUCAUCUGGAGGGACAGUGAAGUCAACCACUACUACGAACCCAAGCUCAUCAUCGACCUCUCCAACUGGAAGGAGCAGCAGAGCAAGGAGAAGGGCAAGGCCAAGAGCAAGUGCGAGAUGAACGGCCUGGUGAAGGCCCAGAUUGCGCUGCAGGAGGCCGAGAAGACCAGAGAAGACCUUCUCCCGGUGGAGAAGGACAGCAAGCAGGAGAAACACCAGACAGAGAAGCCCCAAAGCCAGCAGAACCAAGGCUUUGACUUUGACUCCUUCAUUGCCAGCACCAUUAAACUGAGCCUGCAGCCAGAGCCCUGUCAGGAGGUGGCCCUCCUCAACGAGGUAGGCCUCCUGAACGAGCUCAACGCUUCAGUUUCCCACCUGGAGGCUCCCCGCUCAGGCUCAAUGUCAAAGUCCAUAAGUCAGGAGAAGGAGGAGAAGUGCCUGGUAAACUUCGCCCAGUUAGGCGGAGGAGGGUUGUGUGUCAGCGGCGGGGACGAGGCCUGGCCCACUCACCCCUGGGAGAGCUUCGGCUCCGGGGAGCGAGUCGGGGAGAACGGCUGUUUGAUAGAUGAAGCAUGCUGGGACAUUCGCAAAGAGGACCAGAAGGAGAGCACGUACACCAGCUACUUGGACCGCCUGUUCAGCCGGAAGGAAGAGACUGUGGCCAGCUUGGAGACGGAGCCCUCGGAGGUGAGAGAGCUGGACGCGAGCUUCCUCGGAAGGAACGCGGAGAUUGUCCUCAAUGUUCAGCUGGACUCUCUGGCCCUGCCGGGCUUUGACAGCACCGAUGACUUGCCUCUAAAAUCCAUCCAGGCGUCCCUCACCCCCUGCGCUGUCAAAUGCUCCCCACAGAUUGCCCACAAAACAUACAGCAGCAUCUUCAAGCAUCUUAAUUAAAGAAAAAUAUAUCCUCCGACACAGUGCAAAAUCUAGGCAGUUUUGUUUUUCUUUUUUUAAUAAUGCUUUAUAUUAUUGAACUUGAAUCAUUUCAUACCUUUUUUAUUACGGUUACUUUUAAUUAUUUUCUUUGUUUAGUUUUUUGAAAGAGUUGAGAGGGUUGAUUUAUUAUAUUUAAAGAGUUUAGGUCCUCACUCUGAGCCUCAGUCACCAGGCCUUCAUGGGUUAAUGUCUACGUCCUCAUUGCUAAACUGGCAUGUCACUUGCACACUUAAGUACUGUAGAAGAACGGAAAGCAGGAGAGGAGUAACUCGAAGAAAGAGGGCUUGUAGGAGACGAGUCCUGAUUCAAAGAGUUGGCUGUUAGGGUGCGACGUAAGGAAAGCUAGACGCUAACGUUGCCUUUCCUGGGUGGGGAUGCAAAGGAAAAAAAGGUGAUUGGAUGUCUUUCUUUUUUUUAAAUUUUUCGUUUGAUUUGAUGACAUUUUUCCCUAAAGAAAGCUUCCAAAAUAACCCUUUCAUACUGUAAAUCUGACACAUGAUGCCAGCAGCAACCAUUAUCGUAGGCGUUGAUGUAAAUGUGUUAUCUACCUCAAGGUAACAGCCGCGAGAGACACUCGAAGCCGCACUAGUGCUUUACACACAUGACCACCCGGGUCGCGUAGAUGAAAUCUGUCUCACUUUAGCAUUUAACAUAGUGAGGUGUUUCAGUAAUCAUUAUUUAUUUCUAGCAGAUGUGCGAUAUUUAUUUUAUCAAAAUGUGUUAUUUCAAUGUGAUUAUUGAAGAUUGAGUUGGGCGGACUUCCAUUUUCAUUUCGGCACUAUAUGGGCGUUUUUAUGGUAGGAUGCAAAUUCAUCCGUUAUGUUCAAAACGAAGUUGAGGCUUUCCAUUUUCCACCAAUAUUAUCCAAAUGGAUAUCAUUUUUUAUGUUCAUUUUGGUUUUUUUAUUUAUAGGUGCGUUCUGUCUUUAAAGGAAAAACUGCUUUAUGGUUUAAAGAAGCGCCUAAAAGUCUUAAUUUUUUAUCUAAAUGUAAUGUUAAAAAAAAAAAAAUGCGUGCAUGGAGGCAAGAGGAAGGUACAUUAAAAGUAAAGUUAAUGGUGAGUAUAAAGUAUGUCAGUUUUAAUUGUACGUUUUUUUUUCUAUGUACUUUUUCCAGGCAAGCAUGAUAAAUUAGGUUACGGUGUAGCAUGUAGAACACUUAUGGACUUUUUUUGUAAUCAUUGGUUCCCCUGUUCUACAAAAUAUCUCAAAAUAAAAUGACUGGCAAAGUUUA